AUGGAUAGUAUAUUUAUAGGUGUAUUAGGUCUUAGUAUAUUAAUCAUCGUUGGAUUAUUAUAUGUAGUUUUAUUCCCAUCAAAGAAGUUUAUACCAGAUGAUCAAAUCAACGAUACACAACAACCUCAAGCAGAGAAUGAAAAUAUCAAUAAUAUCAAUAAUAACAACAGAGGAAGAGGUCUGGCUCGUAUGAAUGUUAGAAACAGAAGACAACCACAACAAAAUGAACAAUUAAAUGAACAAAUAAAUAAUAAUGAUGCAGAUCAAAGUGAUAGUGAUGAAGAUGAUACAGAUGUCAACGCUGCGAUCAAUACUGGUCUCGAUCCAAAAACAGGAAAGAAGAUGGGUACAAAGAAGCUUGAAAAGUUGAAACUUAAAGAAGAAAAGAGAAAACAAAGAGAGUAUGAAGAACAUAUGAGAGAAGAGAGAAAGAAAGCAGAAGAGGAAAAAGAUGAACAAUUACGUUUGAAGAAACUUGAAGAUUUAGAAAGAGAAAAGCAAAGAAUUGAAGAAGAAACUAGAAUCAGAUUGGAGAAAGAGAAAAGAGAAGAUGAAGAAUAUCAAGCUAUGAAAGCAUCUAUUUCACUUGAGGAGGCUGGUGAAUCAAAGCAGAAUGAAGAACAAGAAAAGAAUUUACUUCAAGAGUUUAUCAAGUUUUUAGAGAGCAACAAGAUUUGUUUGCUUGAAGAUAUUGCAAUGGAGUUUGGUAUGAAAACACCAGAUGUCAUCGAUCGUAUUAAAACUUUAGAUAAAGAGGGUCUGAUUUCCGGUGUCAUUGAUGAUCGUGGUAAAUUCAUUUAUGUAUCACGUAAAGAGAUGGAAGCAGUCGCCAAAUUCAUCAACAAGAAAGGAAGAGUCACAAUUGAACAGAUUGCUCGCGAAUCAAACAAUCUUAUCGAUCUUACAAAACCUGUUGUUUCAACACCUGUAGACACUCCAACUGAAACAACCACCGAAGCAUAA